AAAACAAGAAAGACAGCAGUGUUGCUCAGUUUCAUGUAGCUUCGCUGUACUUUAAUACCACUCUCGAUAUUCAAGAAAAUGAAUCCUGGUAAUGACGAUCAGAACAAAAUGUACUUUUAUGAGAACAGACUUCAAACAUUCGUUGGCUGGCCGUUUGAAGAGGGUUGCGUUUGCACUCCAGAAAAUAUGGCCAAAGCUGGAUUUAUUCACACCCCGUCGGAGAACAGUCCAGAUAUAGCUCAGUGCUUCUUCUGUUUGAAAGAGCUGGAAGGAUGGGAGCCUGAGGAUGAUCCCGAGAAAGAACAUAAAGCACAUUCUCCCACAUGUGAUUUUAUCUUGCUGAAGAAGACAAUGGACAGCCUGACAGUGGAGGAAUUUCUGAAACUUCAGAAAGAGAGACAAAAGUGUAUCAUUAAAAAAACAUGUGGCCAGGCAAUUGAUAAAUUUGAAGAGGCUGUGAAGCACAAGAGAUCCAAGAUCAUCCAGACUGCCAUGGGGGAGGAAUAAAGAGGUUCCUUGAUGGAGUGACCUCUACAGCCUUAUUCAUUUUCCAUGUUACAUAAGGAUCCCACUUUCUUCCAUUUUCAAUCUUGCACUUGUCUAUCAUUUUUGUCCUUGUUCUUUUUAAAUGUGUUUCAUACUGUCAUCUGUAUAUGAUUUUACCUGCAAAUGUAUCUGCUUUUUAUACACAUUCUUCAUUCUUUAAAACAUUUAUUUCAAAACAAUGCGCUUAAUAAAAUGACUCU